AUUAAUGUGUUUCAACUAACAAACGCCGUCGCUUCUACUGGUGAAGAUUUAGGAGAACACGCAAAGAACAUUAAGAGAGGGCCAGUUAGUUACUGAAGCAGCAGGAGAAAGAAGCUCUCUUACCGGAACUGCUGCCGAGAAGCUUUUGUAGGAUUCUAGAGUCGCGGGUGAAUGAACAACCACCGGUCAAUCCCGGGCCUUGCAGGUCUCCUAUUCGGCGGUGGUGGCGGAGGAGGAGCAGGUGGGCGACUCCAUGUUCGUGGCCACCCUUCUCCGCCGGCUCCCGUCAAGUGCCCCCGCUGCGACUCCACCAACACUAAGUUCUGCUACUACAACAACUACAACCUCGCUCAGCCCCGCCACUUCUGCAAGGCCUGCCGCCGUUACUGGACCAAAGGUGGAAUCCUCCGCAACGUCCCCGUCGGCGGCGGCUGCCGCAAAUCAAAGCGCUCCUCCUCCACCUCAAAGCCCUCCGGGGGCCUCCCAUCGGCCACGGAACCGUCACCCUCAGGCCGCUCCGAUGGUCUCAAUUCUGCCUCCACGGCAACCUCUAACCCAGAUGCAAACCCUAAUCCCGCGACGUACUUCGGCCAAGAGGCAGGCGGGGCUCCGCUAGUCGCGGAGGUGGAGUUCUUCGCCGAAACGACACUCUCGCCCGUGUCGACUCCAACGAUACUCAGCAGCUUCGGUGCUCCGCUUCCAAUUUUGCUCCAGUGUCGGUCGAUGGAGUCGGAGAUGGGGGCGCAACCGGGGUUCAUGGAUCAGGCAUCGCCACUGAUUCCACUGUUGACAACGGAGGAGGGUGAGCUCCCGUUGCCGUUGGAGUUCAUGAAUCCGGCACCACCCCAGCAACAGAUGUUUCCGAUCCAAUCUCGACCGAUUUCAAUGGAGGAGAUCACGGCACAGACGAGUUUUCUGGAUCAGGCGGUGGUCGAUGGGUUGAGAUGGACGGACGGGGCUGCAGAUCCGGCGAUCUACGGUCUAUCCACAUCGGUGGAGCAGCCGCCGGCUGCGGCGGGGGCGUAUUGGAGCGACUGCCAGUGGAGCGAUCCCGAUCCAGUUCCCUUCCUCUUGAAUUAA